UGAAUUGGUGUUUGCCAAGUUCCAUGCGGCUUCCCGUAAAAUACGGUCCAUCAGUUAAUUCUUUCCCUGCGUUCUGAAAUUGGGUUCCGUGCAAAUAUUGCAGUUGUGGAUCCUGAGACACGCGGCCUUUAGCCAUGAAUGAAGAAGACGUUAUUCAGUAUUUUAAAGAUCAGCUGAGGGAGGACCCUGAUGUUGCGACUGCAGUUGCAGCUAUUAGAACCUUGUUGGAGUUUUUAAAGAGAGAUACAGGUGAAACUAUCCAAGGCCUUAUAGAUAGUUUAAAAAAUGCUAUUACAACUCUCUCUAAAGUGGAUUCAUCAGUCUCUGUUUCCUCUGGUGGAGAGCUGUUUCUAAGGUUCAUUACUCUUACCUCAGAGUUGGAGCAUUCAGAUUACAGUAAAUGCAAAAAAAUGAUGAGUGAACGAGGGAAGCUGUUCUUAAAAAGGAUCUCACACUCUAGGAAUAAGAUAACAAAGCUUUGUCGGCCAUUUAUAAAAGAUGGAGCUAAAAUCUUAACACAUGCCUACUCCAAAGUGGUCCUGAAAGUUUUGGAAGAAGCUGCGACUGCAAAGAAGCGUUUUAGUGUCUAUGUCACAGAAUCCCAGCCAGACAGUUCAGGGAAGAAAACAGCAGAAGCACUGAAAAACCUUAAUGUCCCAGUCACUGUGAUCCUGGACUCUGCAGUUGGUUACAUAAUGGAAAAAGUAGACCUGGUUAUUGUUGGAGCAGAAGGAGUGGUGGAGAGUGGAGGGAUUAUUAACAAGAUUGGCACAAACCAAAUGGCAGUAUGUGCCAAGGCCCAGAAUAAACCUUUUUAUGUGGUUGCAGAAAGCUUCAAAUUUGUCAGGCUCUUUCCUCUGAACCAGCGAGACGUGCCAGAUAAGUUUAAGUAUAAGGCCGACACACAGCAACAAAACAAAGACCUGCUGGAGGAGCACCCAUGGGUAGACUACACCUCCCCAUCACUUAUUACACUGCUCUUCACAGACCUUGGUGUCCUGACACCCUCUGCUAUCAGUGAUGAACUUAUCAAACUAUACCUGUGAUACCAUUAAAGAUUUAUUCUAAUUUAAA